AUGAUGAACGACCCCAGUCACAAAGCUAUGCUAUAUUUCCUUGAAGUUCUCAUGAAUUCUGAAACUCCUUUGACUGUUGAACAGCUGGCUGCCCGAUUUUCGAACAAGUCCUUCUCCAAUGAAAUGCGAGAAGCUUGUGGUGGUGGAAAGGUAGAAGCCUUGAAGGAAUUCCUUCUCAAAUAUCCCUCGCUCUUCACUGUUAAACCUACGGGACUAGUCAGUGCUGUGGCCAUCGAAAUGCCCGGUUUUGAUGAAAUUUCAGAAGCCAGUAUUGAUAUGGACAAUCUCUCUAUUAAACAAAAUCCUCCAAACACAUAUUCGUCUAUAUCAUCGGUGACCAAACCAGAACAAAGAACUGCUAGUGCGUCGUCAAAUGAUGCAGUAGCAAGUACACCGGCUACACCCUUGAAAUCAUCACUUAAAAGCUCUAGCAAUGGAGGUAGUUCAACGAAUGAAGCAAAGCCUGUUGGAAUUUACCAGCCUCCAAUUUUGCGAGCUCAAGCUGCUGCAGCAGCAGCGGCCGCGCAGAACAGGAACUCUCACAUCUGUGAGAUGUGUUCAAUGGCUGCUCAUGUAGCCACAACAGCGGCCACGACUGUUGUUCAUUGUCCAUUCACAGAAAUGAACUGUAUGGGACACCACCAUGGUCAUUACCGUGGGCAGAGAUUCAACCCUAACAUGCUCAAGCAUGCACACACCGCAACUGCUACCAGUCACUGUUGCUGCUCCAGUGAUCAUAACUCAUCAUUCUUUCGGGGAACGGGAAAUAAAGUCUCAUCAUGUCCACAAAUGGCGAACUUUGCCUUGGAAACAGAAGCUGUCAAAUUUUUCCAGCAGCGUCUGAGUAGAAGAGAAGAAAGAUGGGUCCCAAUUAAAAGUUUGGCGGGCCAUCUUUCGCAAGCCUCCGCAGAGGUCCGUUCAAUUGUUGGACCCCAGUUGGAAUUUCGACGCUUCCUCCUGAAGCAUCCUCAUGUAUUUGAGGUCCAAGGUGAUCUAGUUGGUCUCAAAGAUCCCCUCUUUGUUCCUUCGUCUCUGUCAUCUAAACGACCGAAGUCUUUCGCGGGCAGUUGCAUUAAUAGCCAAUCAUCCACCAGUCUCUCUACUCUGAAUCUUCGUGGAGGUAUUGGAGCAAGCGGCCUCAACAAUGCCCAAAAGGUCUCUAGACCAAAAUCUCUCAUCAUAUUGUCUCAAAACUCAUCAGCUACUGUAUCUGCACCUAUUCGACGUCUUGGAAACCCUCCGAGUGGAUCUGAACAUUUUCUCCUUGGUCGAGAUCUUGAAAGCCUAACCACUUCAGCAAUGAAUAGUAACCGACUUAAGAAUUCGGGAAGUGGUCAGAAUUCAGUAAGAUAUAACACUUCUCCGAUUGAGACUCUAAGUACUUCGGUUCGACAACCGGGUAGAAGAAGUCGAGGACAAGAAACUGACACAAGUUGUUCAAGUGGAAGUAUCUGUAUUCGGAUGACUGCAAAUGAAUAUCGGGCAAUUAUGUUCCUUCGAAAAGUCUUAGCCAAAAAGGGGGGAGGUCCAGGACAAGCGGGGCUUUCCUACAUGCAACUCAUGCAAAUACUAUCCGCUAAAGCACCCGAAACUGUUCAGAGUGUCAUUGGUUGGACAAAAGUUGAACUUGCAGAAUUCAUCCUUCAGCAUCCAAUCUUCUUCGAAGUUCACGAAUCCACGGAUGGAAUGGAUACCACUCAACCGGUGACUGUAGUUACAAAUCGACGUGUCCUCAAAAUGAUUAAUAUCGUCAUUACUGGAAACAAACCGUUGGAUUCAGGGGUUCGAACUAUGACUAAUCGGUGUGGACGAGUAUUCCACGUGGCUAAACUCUGGGGAAUUAUCGAUCUGGGCAAACACGAACAUGUCUUCUUCGAUAAGUCGAUACUCAAGUAUGUGGAUGAUCUCCAGAAACACUUCAAAGUCAACGAAACCCUCUACUUCAAUGCUAUUCUCGCACCGAAAGAGUCUCGUGCAAAAUGGCGAGCAACUCAGGUAUGGAAAGAGUGUGACAAGGAGAUCAUGGAGAAGUAUAGUGGAAGUGCUUUCACUGACCGAAGUAGCUCUAGAACUGGUAAUUCUCAUUCAAAUGUUGGAAGCGCCUCAACUGAAAAUGUCGCUAGCAACGAGCGGGGUGAAGGAGAAGGGUCAAAUGAUGCUGUAAAGACGCAGAUUGACUCCGAUUCUUCGGAUUAUGGCUUAGUAGAUGAGGAAGAAGUUGAAGAGGAAUUGGGAGAAGCUUCGGCAAUCGCUCGUGCCGAAGGAUUAAACCUCGCAAAUGACAUCAAAUUCCUUUCUGACGACGUGGAGGCGGAAUUGGAACGUAUCUUGGGUCCAAAUCAGGCUUCUGCCACGACUACGACAAACAACAAAAGUCGAGUUCUCAACGAUGUUUCAGACGAGGAUACAAGUAUUACCGGCUGUAUAGAGGACAUUAGUGUCAAUUUCUCUGGCCAUGGUAGUUUGUCAGAGAAGUUUCCACCCUAUGUUACUUCAACUACACCAAAAGUGAAGAAGACCUCGGUAGCCACAGCCGAUUCACCCCUAAGUGAGCGGUCAUCUAUUGCUGUUCAAACUCUCUCGACUGGAGAUAUUAUGGCUACUCAAAUCUUCCAUGACUAG